GUGUGUGUGUGUGUGAGAGAGAGAGAGAGUGAGUGAGAGAGAGAGAUGGAGGAGAGCUCAGAGCUUGAAGCGCUGCUGAGAUGGGCGGCGAUGGUGGGCAUCUCCGACUCUCCGAGCAGUUCAGCACCUCCAUCUCGGACCUCUUGCUUGGGCCACUCCCUCGCCGUUGCGUCCUUCCCCGACGCCGGCGGGAGGGGCUUGGCGGCGGUGCGAGACCUCAAGAAGGGAGAAUUGGUGUUGAGAGUGCCAAGAUCGGCUCUGCUGACGAGGGAGAGGGUGGUGGAAGCUGAUGAGAAGCUGUCUGAUUGCAUCAGGAGGCAUCCGUGCCUUUCUUCGACCCAGAUACUGUCUGUAUGUUUAUUGGUUGAAGUGGGUAAAGGAAAGAAAUCUUGGUGGUACCCCUACCUAGUACAGCUACCUCGCCAUUAUGACACACUAUCAAACUUCACCCAGUUUGAGAUUCAAGCUUUGCAAAUUGAAGAUGCCAAGUGGGUUUCUGAUAAGGCUGUUUCAAACGCCAGAUCAGAGUGGAAAGAAGCUGUCUUAGUAAUGCAAGAAAUUGAUCUCAAGUCUCAACUGCAGAGUUUUAGGGCUUGGCUAUGGGCCUCAGCCACUAUAUCAUCACGUACAUUGCAUGUACCAUGGGAUAGUGCUGGUUGCUUAUGCCCUGUCGGUGAUUUGUUUAACUAUGCUGCACCAAAAGAGGAAUACAGCUCAGAUGCUGCUUCUUUGUCUGAACACAAUGAUACAGAAGGGGCAUUAGAUGCCAAACAGCCUGAUAGUUACUCCGUGAGGCUAACAGAUGGAGGAUAUGAGGCUGAAACCAGUUCAUACUGUUUUUAUGCAAAGAGAUACUACAGAAAAGGAGAACAGGUUCUUCUAAGCUACGGGACAUAUACAAACUUAGAACUUCUAGAGCAUUAUGGUUUUCUUCUUGAUACAAACCCCAAUGACAAGGCUUUUAUCGAACUAGAUGCUGAUGUGUGUAGAAUCAGUUCUUGGCCAAAAGACUCUCUUUACAUCCAACCUGAUGGGAGCCCUUCUUUUGCAUUACUCUGUGCUCUCCGCCUGUGGGCAACGCCAGCAAACCAUCGAAAGGCAGUGAAACAUAUGUUUUACACAGGAUCAAUGCUUUCAGUUGAAAAUGAAUUGUUCAUCAUGAAAUGGCUGGCAAAGAAAUGCCAACAAUUGCUGGGAAGGAUGCCCACCACAAUGGAUGAGGAUAAUUUGCUUCUUCGACGUAUAAAUAUGAUGUUGGAUCAACCCUCAUGUGUGGAGGGUGUUGAGGCAUAUUCUUGCAGGGAGCUUGAAAGCUUUCUUCAAGUGAAUUGCUUGGUGAACCAGGCAACUGAGUCUCAAUUGUCUGUUAAGGCUAAAAGAUCAUUGGAGAGAUUCAAAUUGGCGAUAAAAUGGAGAUUAAGCCAUAAAACCAUGCUACUUAAUUGUGUUUCUCACUGCAAGCGAAUAUCUGAUCGCCUCUCCAGCCAGCAUUGAGUCAACAAGAUGAGGGGUGAGGGUUUGCAUAAAUCUCAUGCUGUCCUUUUGCUGCAUUAUUUAUCUGACGUAUCUUUUGUAGUAUGCUCAUAGAUUAUCAAACCGAAUAUAAUCUUCUUCUUUUUUUAUCAAAAUUUGUUAAUUAUCUGCAUUCCUCUUGUUAGGAUUGUAAAUUGUACUUUGCUUCGCUCAAACUCAAAGGCAGACUUGUAAGAAUAAUUGAAGCACAAGCUUUAUACACAAUUUUGGCUCAAUUGUUAAAUUAUCAACCAUUAGCCUUUGGA